AAUAUAUUUUAAUGGAACCUGUUGAUCCUAAAAUUGAAGAAGAGCACCAAAAUGAACAACAAAAAGAGAUAGAGGAAGAACAACCAGAAGGAGCGAAGGAAGAUGAGAAAGAUUCCGAAGAGGUAAAUGAUGAGAAGAAUAAUAAAGAUAAAUAACAACUUCCUAUCGGACUAUGAUGACAAUGAAAACAUGUGGGAAGAGAUUCUCGAUUUCAACGACUACGAUAAGCAUAUUCCGUUAUCGAAGCCCAUGAACAAGUAUAGCAUUGUGGUACAGGACAAGUCUAUUAAAAUUAAGAAGACUGAGCAUUCUUAGGCAGUCGGUUCACACAUUUUCAAAAAAGCAUCAAC